CUCUCUCUCUCUCUCUCCCUCCUUCCUUCCUUUCUUUCUUUCUCCCUUCCCACUCUCAGCAAACACAGCACCCAGUUUUCCCGAAGAUGCGAUGCCUCUCCAGCUCUCGUGUGUUCCUGUGCUCGACCUUACUCUCCUUGGCUGUCGGGAGCGCUGUGGACGUCAACAUGCUGGUCAUCCUGCCCAAGGAGAACUCUUACCUGUUCUCCAUCACCAGGGUCAGACCUGCCAUCGAUUACGCCAUCCAGAACCUGGUUCAGUCCCCUUUCAAUUUCAGCGUGAAGUAUGUGGACUCUGAGUGUGGCAACAUGGCCCUAUUUCACCUGGUGGACAUCUGCCUGGUGCAGAAACCCGACGUGAUCGUGGGUCCUGUGUGUGACUAUGCCUCUGCUCCGGUGGCCAGACUGGCAUCUUAUUGGAAGAUCCCCAUGGUCUCAGCCGGAGCUUUGGCUUCUGGCUUCGCCCACAAAAAACCAGAGUAUUCCCAUCUCACCCGUGUCUCCCCGGCUUAUUCCAAAAUGGGCGAGAUGUUCUUGGCCAUGUUCCGGCGCUACAGGUGGAAGAGGGUGGCUUUGGUCUUCGAAGAUGACCUCCAAGAGAGGAACUGUUACUUCACCGUGGGAGGAGUGGACCACGCGUUCAAACAGGAUGACAUUCCGAUCUACUCCACCGUGAUCAGUGAGGACAUGGACGAGGUGGAGAUUGGGCACAAGGUGGAGGAGCUCAAGGAGAAUGUCAGGAUUGUUAUUAUGUGUGCAUCAAGUCAAAACAUCCGGAAAGUUAUGCUGGAAGCACAUCGGCAGGGAAUGACAAAAGGAGACUAUGUAUUCUUCAACAUCGAACUCUUCAACAGUAGUACAUUUGGCAAUGGCUCGUGGAAACAAGGAGACGCAUUUGAUUCUGUAGCAAAGCAAGCAUAUCGUUCACUUCAGACCGUCACACUACUCAGGACAGCAAAGCAAAAGUUUUACAAAUUUGCUGCUGAUAUGAAAAAUAGAUCUCGGCAACAGUUGAACUACAAAGAUGAUAAUGUGAACAUGUUUGUGGAAGGCUUCCACGAUGCCGUUCUGCUUUAUACAAAGGCGCUUCAGGAAGUUCUCAAUCAGGGCUACAGCAAAACUGAUGGAGAAAGAAUUGUCCAUCAGAUGUGGAACACAACCUUUGAAGGCAUAGCGGGCCAGGUGUCCAUCGAUGCCAACGGAGACAGAUACGGGGAUUACUCUGUGAUAGGAAUGACAGAUCCUGAAGCAGGCACACAUGAGGUAAUUGCUGACUACUAUGGGAUGAAUGGAAGCUUUGAAGUGAGGCCAAGUGUGAGACGUCUGUGGGCCAGCGGAGUGCCACCUUCCGAUGAAUCUUGCUGUGGCUUUCCCAAGGACCACGCUUCCACGUGUAAAUCAUGUGGGAUUGGAGAGUCUGCAGUCACAGGCAUUGUUGUCGGCUCACUGUUGGGAUGUGCAUUGCUGCUGGCGUUUUACUUGUUCAGGAAGAAAUACAGAAUAACUAUUGAGAGGCGAGUACAGCUCCUCGAAGCUGACACUGGAAAGAUUCACUUAAUUGUACAGCACCACUGUACUGGAAGCGUCAUCUCUGCAAAGAUGAUAAAACAUGAUUCAGUUUGUAUCAUAGAAGCCAGCAGUGACUUAACUGACAACUGAAGAGAAUCUUCAAAUAGGAGAUCCUUUGUAUAAGUCCUUUUACCCCCUAUAUUACCUGCAAUAUAAUAACAUUGUGACUGCCCAGUACAUAUAUAUAUAUUAAAAAAAAGUUUUAAGUUAUAUCAAAUUGAAUUUACCUACUUAGAGCCAAGACGUUAGACAUUAGUUGGGUAUUGGUUUCAUAGUUCAUAUCAACCAAUCUUUUAAAAGUUGCAUUGCAGUAACUUUAUUCUUAACUAAAGUCAAACCGUAAUGUACUUUCUGCAUGAGUUAGUUUUCCCUUCUGUGCAUGGAAAGCUUCAAAAGAGAACCAAGCUACAUUUUGUGACACUAUUUAUAGCCGCCAGGGCUUUGCUGGUGCUCACGUAGUGUUAAAACAGAACUUGUUUUUUUUGAUACACUAAAAAUCGUGCUCAGUAAAUAAUUGUGUUACUAUAAUCAAAAUCUAUUGCUGUGUUAGCAUUUGUAAAAUUGUAAACGAUAGCUCCACACUUUUGUUUUAUUGUCUUUACCUAUAAAUAUCAUAAAGACUGUAAUUUUAGAAAACUGUAGUGCAGAGUAUCAAUUUAGUUCUCAAAUAGCUCUAUAUGGAUAAAUAUGGACUUCUAUCUAUAACAAUAAACAUCAUAUACCUUUGAAUAAUUUGGCAAUAACAUUUUAAAGCGGUAAAUGCAGCUACUAAAAUUAAUAUUUUUAGAUUAUAAAAAGAAAAAUCUUAAUAAUGUCCUGGUAUUUUUAACAAAUAUGUCAAAAUAAUUUUUUUUUGUAAAUAUUAAUAUUGUGGGUACACUUGUAUUAGACAAAAUAUUAGACAAAAUAUGACAAAGUUGAACAUUUGAUGCAUACAUUUGGCUGUUUUGAAAAAUAAAAUUCAGAAAGUAAUAUUGUAUUUUGGUAUUAUGCAAGUGGGUUUAAUUAGAUGCUGCUAUUAUUUUAGUAGAUAGUUAAGAAUAUAUAAACAAUAAAGAAACAAGAAACAAUCUCCAAAAUGCUCUUGCUGUGAAAGACAUUGUUCAAUUGGUUGCAAGUGUUGACAAAUUUACAAAUAUAUCCCACGUGAAAAAGUUAUUGAACGUUAAUUGUGCCUCGGGUGUAAUGUCUCAACUAGAUUGAAGGCAGACAAUUUGAAGGAAUUAUGUAAAUGUGACAUGCAGCAAAUUGUAUAUAGAUAUUUGUUUCUACAAGUACUAGGCUUCUCUUUAAAAUAAAUACCCACUUUGGUGAGGAAUGUAUUCAUGCCUUUGUUCAUGUAUUUUUAUAAGGACAUAGCAUUGCAUCAGCCCCAGCAAAAUGCUAUGUACAGUUGUAAAUAAUGUCCACCUGAUGUGAGUGUUUUAAGGGGAAGGUCUGAUGGCUGGUGUGCUGGGGUAUCAUCAGAAUGUGGCUGUGUGUUCACCAUAACUGCAGUGGGAGAAUUGACUGGCUUUUAAGCAAGUAAAUUCAUCGAUCAAAAAAACAAACCCAAAGUCCUUUAUAAAUAUUUGAAUAAAACAUUGACAGUCGAAAGGUGAAUUUAGUUUGGCACACCACUGUAUCAGGUUCUUUUCAGUUCAGAUCGUUCAGAAGAAAGAAGUUUAUUAACUGAUUUAAAGGGUUUACGACUAUAUUUUUGUCACUUCUAGCAUGUACCACUAGAAACAACAAGGUGAAAACGUCAUGUUGCAUAACAGAUUCCACCCGAUAAACAUCACAUUGAAUCUGUUGAAGCAACAUUGCACUUUUUCAUCCCAAUGUUAGCCAUUGAAAUAGACAUUUGUGCAUUUGCUAGCACUGUCAGUGUUCAGGUUAUGAGCUGCUGUUCUUAAUGUGUAACUAAAAAUGGAAAGAAUGUGUGUAUAAGGGUUUAGCGAUCUGAGAAUAAUAGUAAAAAAAACUAAAGGUUUAAGCUUUGGCUGGUAUGGAUGUUUAAUAAGUGCAAAGGGCACCAUACAGUAUAACAGUAAUAUAAUGCCAUAAGUAGAAAUAUCUGCAUAUAAUGUGAUAUUAUUUAUUUAACACUUGUGUAGAAUUUAAUAUUCAUAACUUUAGAUAGGGUUUCGUUUUGUUAUUUCUGUGGUAUAUAUUCAUUGAAGACAUAAAUUGCUGCAUUUGAUGUCAAUGGACUUUAAUGAUGUGUAAAUGUCUUUCAAACUACUGUAUUUUAUUUUCUGUAAACCAGUAUGUGGUGUAACCUGUAUAGAGCAUUAAAACAAGCUAGAUAUUGGCAAUAAAAUGAUGUAUAAGUGAA